AUGGACUUAAAUCUCCCUCCACCAGAAUUUGACUAUGAUUUCCUAGAUGCAAUGUUUCAAGAUCCAACAGAUGCAUGUGAUCCAGUAUUCUGCACUCAGCAACUACCCAACCAACAGGAUGUGCCUACUGUCUCUGAAAUCAGGCUAUCGUUUGAAGAAGCAAGAAUAGAGGAUGUUCCUGGAACCUCUAAUGUGCAAAUAAUCCCUGAUGAAGUUGGUGAAGAGGUCAUGUCCACACCUCAGAUACCGUUCAAUGGACAGACAUUUGGUACUAAAGUGGAAGCGAAGGAGUAUUACAACGCAUAUGCUAAGAGAGUGGGUUUCUCCAUCCGUACAGGCACCCCUCGUAGAGCUGCUGUGACAAGGGAAAUGUCCAAAGUUCAGUUCGUUUGUAACAAAGAAGGUAGUGGGAGGAAAAGGAAAGAUGAGAAACCAAUCGAGGGUGCUGCUGAUGGUACUGAGAAUGGUGAUUCUACUGAAGAAGAUACAUAA